UCUGUGAAUUGUCAAUUUUGCCCUCACAGACAGUUCCCGCCUGCGCCUGGCAACGAGUUGACAUUCGCACCUUCUCGUUUCCCUAUUAACCCUCGAGACCCGUGCAAAAUUACACCCCACAAACUUCUCUCCCCUGCGAGAAGUGUAACCGCUUUCGUCUCUCAUUCACUUUCCCUUUCUCUUUCUUCUCCUUCUCCUCUCAUCGGAAGUUAGUUACGGUAAACCAUUUUCGGCAGAUUCUUUGAAUAUGAAGUCCUCCUCCAGUAAAUUGAAACAAAAGUCUCCGCUUGGAAGUUCCAGGCGCCCGGUUUCCUUUGAAGACGACGACGACCCUUUUGUCUCCGCCAAGUCAACCGCGACCCACUCAAAUUCUCCAUAUCAGCCGCGACCGGAGAUCCCGGUAGUAAUUAGGGACAAACUUCCGAAAAGGCUCUACGCCACUGACUGCUAUCCGCCUCUCGGACGUAUUAAUGCUUAUUCAAAGCCGGAGUAUCUGCUCGAUCUCGUCGAAAUCCUAGAAGGGACGAAAGAGUUAAAUUAUCUCCGCGCCUCAUGCUUUGGCCCGCUGUUUCAGCUUCCUGUCCGCAAAUGUUCGUUUUCCGGCAAAUUAGUACAUCAGAUGUUGUGUAGAGGCGUCUACACAAGGAAAAAACACGAGCUAUGGUUUAUUUUUGCCGGUCAGCCAUUCCGUUUUUCGUUAAGAGAAUUUGCCAUUCUCACUGGUCUGGAUUGUCGGCCGUAUUCUUCACCGGCAGAUGUAUUGAAGUCGCAGAGAGAAUGUACCAAAAAACAUCCGUACUGGAAUAUUCUCAUAGGCGAGGACCACACGGGUGUCCUCAUCAAGGACAUUGUUGACUGGCUGAGGAAAGACAAGAUGAAGCCCAAGAAAGAGAAGAUGGAUGACUGGAGAAGGCUUCGUCUCGCUCUUAUCGUGAUCGUUGAAGGGGUAUUGCUUUGCAGUUCCCAACCUGUGAGAGCUUCUCUUCAAGUUGUCGAAAUGGUUCAGCAUUUGGAGUCGUUUGAAGCGUUUCCAUGGGGACGAGAAUCAUUCCUUCUGACAAUGCGAAUGGUUAAGGUCAGUCAGAAGGUUAACAGUCUCUCUGCCCUAAUUGCGAAGUUCAACCAGUCUCACUCUUCAACCCAUGGGUUCCCUCUUGUCUUCCAACUGCUGAUGUUAAAGGCCAUCCCAGUUUUUGAGAGAUACCUUAAUCAACCUGAUGAUACGCAGACUAUCAUUGAUGGGUCAAUCACUACUUUGCCUCCGUUGAAGACUUUUCACAAUUCCAACAUAAUGGAAACAGAGCUAAUUCCUGGGUUAAGGAUUGCCCCGCUGUUGUCUACUGAUGAUCCCCCACACCCAUCGAUCAACGAUUGGCCUGAUGAAGUCUCUGACCCGGCGAUUGACUAUAUGGAAAGCCUUAUUGGUGGCGGAUACAAGUUCUGCCAAGCUGACUGGAUUGGUGGGUGUCGUACUUGGCCAAAGAUAGUCGUUGAUGAGAACCCCAAAGAACCCAAUGUUCGCAAGACCAAGAAGGUACCUGUGAGACGUCCAAAUAUAAACUCUGACAUGCCUGAGUUUCCCCAGGGUGGUCCAUCUGGUUCAUCAAAAGGUAAAGGGAAGGUCGAUGAAGACUUUUGUCCCCCAGCAGGGACUGAAGGUAAAGAUGUUCUCCAUGCUCUGAUCAUGGAAGAAGUUAAUUCGAAGUUCCGUGACAUGAAAGAGGAAUUGAAGGUUGAAUUGAUGGGUGAAGUUUGUCGGAUGUAUGGAGUAGAGAAGUCUUUAUUGAAAGACGAACUCUUAGACGAGAUUAUUAGCAAUCUGCGCCAUGGUGGGAAGUUUCCAACAACCCCCCCUCCGAAAGCUGCUUCACCAGGUAAAAACAAACCAUCUGAGGGACAAACCUAUGGUCCCCCUAAUAAUGCAAAUGUAAACAAGGAGUCCGGGGGACACACAGAUGUCCCAUUAACGAACGCUGUUACUGAGGGACAAACGCAUGGUCCCCCAGAAAAUAUAAAUAUCAACAAGGUCCCUAGUGGGCAGACCUCUGAUUCCCCCCAUGUCCAGAUAGACCCUCCCGCCCCAAGUUCUCCUCAAUCGCCGUCUAAGGGGAAAAGUAAUUCUCAACUUUUGGAGGAGUUUCAGCGGCAAGCCUGGUCUGAGUACGGAGGAGUGUCUGAUGUUUUACAAAACCUCAACCAGUCUUAUGCAUCUCCCUCUGGUCCUGCUAAGUCUGGUCCGUUUGGACCUUCUCCUGGUCUUGUUGCUUCUGGUCCUUCUACCAUUCAUCCAUCUCCUUCUGGUCCUUCUUCCUCGAAGUUCUCUAUUGAUCACAACCCAAAAGACUUCCAAACUCCAUUGCCAACCAUUAGUGAGGACAACGCAGAGGAAACCGAGGACGAAGAAGUUGCAGAUGAGGUCCUGGUUGGAAAGUCUGUUAAAGAGAAUUUUCCUGAAGAUCACAACCCCAACGACUUCCAAACGCCUCAUCAAGAUGUAGAGGAGAUCAGUUCGGCUGAUGAAUCAGAGGACGAUCAAGAUACAGAGCAGGUUGCUGGUGGAAAUUCUUUUGGUGUGUCUGAGGACGUGGGAUUUGUUGGUGAGGAGAGAAGGGAAGCUAUAGAGAAUAAGUCUGUUGGUGUGUCUGAGCACGUUGAUGUUGUUGAGUGCGAGGACAGAAGAGAAGAAGUAAUUGAAAAGUCUGUUGAUGUCUCCGGGGACGAUGUUGAGACUGAGGUUUUAGAGGAUAAGUCUGUUUCUGGGGACCACGAACCCAAAGAGGGUGACGAGAGUAGUGGUGAUAGUGAAGGAAGGUCUGAAGACGAGGAUCACCAAGAUGAAGCUAUGGACGAGGCAAACAAAGCAUGGCCGCCAGAGCUUUUUAAAUCCUCAAGAGGUGCUGAUGAACAACUGGUUGACGAUCAAGAGGGAAAUGCUACUGGUGGUGUGGCAAUUUCAGAAAAAAGUCCCUCUGGGAAAAAGAGAAAAUCCUCUUCUCUUGGCGGGGAUUCUUCUAAGCCGAUCCUCCCUCCCAAAAGGGCAAGGAAUAAACCCCACCGUUUCCGUGACCCUAUUCCAGUCCAGGGACAAGAAUCCACAGGGACCAACAGUGUUUCCCAAUCAACUGAUGAGGUUUUGCACCCGUUUGUCCUAGUAAAUGAUGAUCUUCGGAAACAUUUCUUGUCCACUCUGAAAUCUUAUCGCCAGAGGGAGUUCGUCCUCGAUGCACAUGUUGUCCCCAGAUCAUUUUUUAAGGAUAUGCUUACUCCUCACCAUUCUGUCCACCAAGAGCACAUCGAUGCCAUGCUAAGCCUGUUGGCUCGGAGGUUUGGGGAUACUUUGGUCCAGAGUAGGUCUGCCAUACUUGAUUCAUGGUUUUCGAUUACCCUUAGCGAACUCUAUUCUCGUUUCAAGAAGUCCAAAAGUAAAUCUGAGUGGCCGUGGAACAGUAAGAUACGGGACUACGUCAGGGGUAUAGUCCCUGGCCGAUUCACGAGACAGGCUUGGUUUUCUGAUGUCGACACUCUUUACGCGCCUUUACAUCUGUCUGGGGGCCACUGGGCUGCGCUUGUCAUAGAUCUGAAAGAGGGUACCAUAGGUGUUCUUGACCCUAACGUGGCUGCCAAAACCGACAAACAGAUGGGCGUGCUCAUGAAACCUCUCGUUGUGUUGCUUCCUUUUAUCAUCAAAUCACUUGUCCCCCAAGAUGUUCUCUGCAAUCAUCAAGUUCCCCCUGAGUUCGCCUUUGAUCGUCUUCCUGAGAUCUUUCAAAGCGAACAUGAAGACGACAGCGGCCCGCUUGCUAUGAAGUACAUUGAGCUUCAUUUCCAAAACAUUAGUCACGACAGCAUAACUGAAGAACUUGUGGAGAAUAUCCGGAUGAGAUUUGCUGUCGACAUCUUCGAGGAGUUUGUUCAGCCUCUCCGGCUGUGAUCCCCCUUUCAAUAUUUCUGCUUAAGAACUUAUGUCUUUUUGUAAUAAUUAUUUACUCUUCUUGGAUGCUACUUGGAUGCUUAGGAACUAAAUAUUUGUAAACUGCUAUCUAUUUAGGAACUACUUGGAUAUUUAGGUUGUCUUCCGCAAACAGAGAUCCUGUCUCCUAAAAUAUUCUAUAUUAUGUUG